AGCAGCAGAACUACUGUCUCAUUGGCAGUUGCACAAAGAAGGAAGGAGGAGUAAUCAGAGAGAGAUAAUGAGUAAAGGCAGAACCAGAUAGAAAUCAACUCAGACUCUCGUUGCACCAGCAAAAUGACUACUGGUAACAAUUCAACUCAACAAGCUGGGGAGGGUGAGGCUAUCAGUCCCAUGCAGUUAGCCUCCCUGGUCAUCUACUGUGUGAUAUUUAUUGUUGGGACUCUGGGCAAUGGUCUGGUCAUCUACGUGACAGGCUUCAGGAUGAAGACAACAGUCAACUCCGUUUGGUUUCUCAACUUGGCCCUGGCUGACUUCCUCUUUACGACCUUCCUGAUUUUCUCCAUCAUUUCUCUCUCCCAGCAUUACCAAUGGCCUUUCGGACAUUUCAUGUGCAAGCUCAACAACUUUGUGAGUGUAGUCAACAUGUUUGCCAGUAUCUUUCUUCUGACAGCCAUAAGUCUGGAUCGUUGCCUGUCAAUCUGGGUGGUGGUGUGGGCACAAAACAAGCGCACUGUCCGCAAGGCUCAGCUCAUAUGUGCGGUCAUCUGGGUGACUGCUGUGGUCUGCAGCACCCCUUAUGCCACUUUUCGUACCCUUUUGCAAACAAAGAAGACUUACUGUCGUUAUUCUAUAACCGACACACAAAAAUGGAUUAUCACCAUUUUUCGCUUUGUUGUGGGCUUCCUCGUUCCUUUCCUGGUAAUAUGUGUCUGUUAUGUGGCCAUAGGUGUUCGAGCAGGGCGCCUGAAGAGGACCAGGCAAAAGAGACCUCGCCGAAUCAUUUUCUCUAUCAUUCUUGCAUUCUUCAUCUGCUGGCUGCCUUUCCAUGUUAUGCAGUUGAUAGAAUUAAAGAGUAAUGGUAACCCACUUCUCCAGAAAAUUGUUUGGACUGGAGGUAGUCUGACUGUGUGUCUGGCUUUUAUGAACAGCUGCCUGAACCCCAUCCUCUAUGUUUUCAUGUGUGAUGAAUUCCAGAAGAAGCUCAAGCAGUCCAUAUGCUUUGUCCUAGAGAGUGCCCUGGCAGAGGACCACUUGUCAUUUAUGUCCUCUCGCUCCUUGUCGUCUCACUUUUCCCGGAUUUCCCGGAAGUCUGACUCUGCUGCACCUUUGGAGAGGCAAGACACAGCCACUUCCUUAACCUUCACAGAAAGCAAAGCGGUCAUCACUGAGUAGAGAGAGACACUGAGCACCAAUUAAGACCUCCACGUCUGACAAGCGAUGUAAAUAUAAUGAAUCCACAUUUUUGUUGAAUGUUAAAUUGAUUCAGACAGUACAUCUAUGCCCAAAAAGAAAUGAGUAGUGUAUGUGUGAUUUUAAUGUGUUUUAUGUUAAAGCACCUACUCACAGGUGUUUUCACUUAUAUGAUAAGACAACCUUUUUUCCCUAGUACAUGUAGUUUGAUGACAUUACAUAGCUCCCAAUAUGUUCUAGGUCUAAUCAGUCAAAAUAAUUGAAAAACACCUGUGUGGGUGUGCUGCAGCUUUAAGAUGUAAAUAUUAAGUGUCUUUGUGCAACAAUGAAUGUAAAACAUUUAAAGCUAAUUAUUUUGUACCAUCUAACUGUAACCUUUAAGACUUCUGAUACAGAAUUGCCUAUAAUUCACUUGAUAAAGAGACCAAUUUGAUGUUUGUAAGACUUUGAUGCCCCAGCGUAUUUGCCCAUGGUUAUUAACAGGCUUAUUGUCCAUAGCAGCAUCCAUGGUACUGUCACACCAGACUGAACUUUGAGCUUUACGCAUUUCAACUCUGUGAAUAAAACCGUAUUGUUAAUGA